AUGUGGCCGAGGGUCUAUAUGGACGUCACUGAGCAGUAUCCUCACCCUUGCGAGCUGCAACAGCUCACUGCGCUUGCUGUUUCUGCUUGCGAUGGGCUUGAUGGAGUUAAGGAUGGACUUAUCGCCGACACAAAUGCCUGCAAGAGCAUAUUUGAUCCUCACGCCUACGUCGGAUCAGAGUUCCCAUGCCCAUUGACGGGAAAGUCGGCCAAAAUCAGCGCCACGGCAGCCGCUGUAGCGAAUGCGAUGUGGACGGGCCCUUUCACGGCUGAAGGCGAACCAACAUACCUAUCCCGCGAUAACUACCACUAA